GCGGCAAAAAAGAUUUCGCGCGAAAACCGUCAGGGGCUUGUUUAGAUGUAGAUCAGCUGAGACAAUAACAACAAUAAAGGACGAUAACGGGGUAAUGACGGCGGUUUAACGGGUGGAUUGCGGCCGGGGUGAGCAAGCGAGGUCCACCGAUUGUUAUGUUAAACCGUGCGCUUGUUUUUCGCCGCUUUAUGUGCUUAUAUUUCCAGUUUUGUCGGACUGCUUCCUGCGUGCCCCAACAAAACAAGGGGAUUGAACAACUGCCGCUAAUAAGUUAGCUAACAUGCUAAUCUGCCCUAUAUAUUCAUAUUCGACCACAUCUAUGUACUAUCCGCUGGACUGAUGCUCGCUUUUAUGGAUAUAGUCUCAAAGAUGAUUUUAAGUUCCCGUGAUGCUUUUUUGCGGCGUGGAUAUUUUGUUCUGAUCGCUCACUUCUGUAAGCUGCUGUAAAGUUUUAAUAGCCUCUUAACUUCGCUCGGUGUUUAAUACAAGGAGGAGUAAUAUUGUUCUAGCGGCGUGACCUGCGAGUUUGGCGGCUGCUCGGGUUUGUUUUGUGACCCUGUUCGAGUCUUUGUCGUUUGGUUGGAAGCUAGCUCGUUAGCCGGGGUGGUAGCUGUUCAGGGGCAGUGUGGCCAGGCCUCGGCUCUACUGUACUGACAGGAGAGAUGAAAACAAAAGAUUAGCUUGCUCCCUUUGCUAGCUUGCCAGAGUGGAUUUCUCCCACGGCCAGUUUCGGACUUAUUCGCGGCGGAGCUUUUAUAGUAUGCAUUUAGCAAUAUUUCAUGUGCCAAAUUUCCUGUUUGGCAGCACACCCUGGCUUGCUGUUUCAGCCUCAGCCUGAGUUUUAGGACGUGGCUUUACAUUGCUGUGGUGUAAUGAAAAUGUUUAACAAAAUAAAACAGUUUAUGAAAUGUUCCACCUGCUUAUGAACUCAUUCGAGACAGUUUUCACGAGAAUUCACCGUUGUUGCCUUCAUUCACAAAAAAAUGGCAGAUGUGAGUCGGUGCUGAUACUGUCAUAACAGCAUCUUAGUUUAUAAUCACCACCACCACCGCCACCCAAGUCCAGUGAAGAGGGGCUCCUGGUGACACACUGCAAUGUCAGAGACUCUGAUAACAGGGCAGACAUCGGAGGAUCUGUUAGCAGACUUUGAGACUUUGCUGAACUCUGGGAGUAUCAACUUGGACGAGGACCACCAGAUAGUGAUUAUCACCAGCCCCAGCAAUGAAGGACUCCACUCGGCCCCUGCCCCGACCAGCACGGGGGAGAUCCUGCUGUUCGCCACGCCACAGGGCCCAGCUGACGUAGGGAUCCAGGACAAGAGGAGACCACCUCUGGGAAGGCCACCGGUAAAAAGGAAGUUGGACCUGGACAGUGACCAUCAGUAUGUCAGCACCACUCGACCUUCCACAGGCCAGGCACCGCUUUCCACUCCUGCUCCUCCCAGAGUUCCUCGGACCACGGCAGAGAAGUCUCGGUAUGACACCUCUUUGAACCUGACCACCAAGCGCUUUCUGGACCUGUUGUCCCAGUCGGCCGACGGCGUGGUGGAUCUAAACUGGGCGUCUCAGGUGCUGGAUGUUCAGAAGAGACGCAUCUACGACAUAACCAAUGUCCUGGAGGGGAUCCAGCUCAUCUCCAAGAAGUCAAAGAACAACAUCCAGUGGCUCGGUAAUCGCAUUGAUGCGGCUCUGGUUUCCCGCCAUAAGGAGCUGCAGAGGGAGGUGUGUGACCUCACAGAUGCUGAGGAGCAGCUGGAUGAUCUCAUUUCCAAAUGCAAUCUGCAGCUCAGAUUGCUCACAGAGGACCCACAGAACAAAAAACUGGGGUAUGUGCGCUGUCAGGACUUGAGGCAGUCGUUCGAUUCCCCUGACCAGCUGGUUAUGGUGAUCAGAGCUCCACCAGAGACCCAGAUGCAAGUUUCAGAACCUUCUGAGGGUUACCAGGUGUCGCUGAAGAGCACGCGAGGUCCGAUCGACGUCUUCCUCUGUCCAGAAGACAGCUCUGGCGUCUGCAGCCCUGUGACAGGAGGCAGUCCCUCUAAACCCAAUGCUGACCCUUCCCUUGUUCAACCUCCCACACAACCCACCGACCAAUCACAACCCAGAACCUGCUCCACAGCCCUGGAAGUGGGUUUGUCAUCUCCAGCAUCCACAUCAUCCACUGUAACAGCAGUGUCGCAACAGGACCCCUCAUCACUGGUGUUAGGUGGCGACACAGAAUCCAUCCUGGGAGGCGACCCAUUCUCCAACCUUGGAGACCUACCUGAUUUUGAUCUCUCACCGCUCUCUUCUACGGACUUCCUGAAUGUAGAGGGCCUUCCUCUCCCAUUGGACGGUUUCAUCAACUUGUCCCCCCCUCACAGUCACGACUACCACUAUGGACUAGAGGACCAUGAAGGCAUCAGUGAACUGUUUGACUGUGACUUUGGUGACCUGUCACAAGUUUUGGGGGCCGAUUAGAAGUUAAAAAACAAAAGAAGAGGAGCGUGCGGGCAAAUGAUUAUAAAUUCAGGCCUUCUCCUCAGUGAUCUGGAGCUCCUUUAAAACAAAAAAAGAAGAAAAAAAAAGUGGGAGUCAAUAUUUUAUGGACACAUCAUUGUCAAAAAUGUAGUGUUUUCAUUGUGGGGGUUUGGAGAAAUGUUUUGUGUAUUGUUUUAAUUGUGAUCCCCGAAAUACCACCCUGACUACAAAAUCUCAAAUAAUUCCCCCUAAAUUGUACAGCAUAUCAUUAGCACUUCUCUUUGGCCAUUCAAAAGUUUUAGACCAAGAGUUUAGCUUUAGAAUAGCUAUUUAAAUUAUUUAUAUGAAUGUUAUUUUCAUAUUUUGUACCUUGUGAGUUUUCGUUAUUGAUGUUUUUUUCCAAGCGGAUUGUGCAGGUGUUUGUGUGUGUGUGUUUGCGUGUGUGACGUUGGGACUCUUAGGGCUGGUUUCCUAAACACUGACAUGUUAUACCUCUUCAGGUUUGUUCCUCAGAUGGCUCGGACUAAGCGAGAAACUUCACACACGUCCAGGACUUUCAGCCCAAAGCUGCUUCAGUGAGGCCAGCUGGGCUUUACAGAAGCAUUUUGGCGUUGCGGUGCAGUUUAAUAUUUUUCUUUCACACCUACAGAGAUCAUUACAAACCCAAAUCUAAAAGGCUUUUCCCUUUUUAAUAAUGUGGUUCAAAAUACUGGAGUCUUGAUAGAACUGGAUCCUGUAACAUGGCUUCAUUGUGAGCUCCAAAUUAGAUUUGCACAGACCCAAACUCUACCACAGUCAGUGGAUUUGGAUACAGUGUUACUGUUGUUAACAAACUAAAAACUGUGGGAAACUGGAACUUAAUAAAUGGUAAAAGAUUUACCACGACACUUUAAAUUUCUUUUUUGUAAAGAAAACAUCUGCACAGUAGUCAAGCGCUUUAAAGUAUGAAAAUGGCAAAGAUAGAAACUCCACUGCAUGACAAAAAAAAUGGCCGCUUUGUGGAUCGAUGUGAACUUAGCCUGAAAACUUAAGGUAUGUGUUGUCAGUGUGCAGGAAACCAGGUGGGUAAAAACUAAUACUGAAUAUCUUCUUUAUUAGUUAGCUAAGCGUUUAGCUAUAGUCUCAGGUGUUCGGAGCAGAGCAAAGUCUUAAAUCAAUUGUUUCGAUGCAAAUGUGUGUGGGCGUUACGGAGGUUAAUGGUAGAUUUUUAAAGGUGUGUGUUUUAAAAAAUUGUCGUUUAAAUAUUUUAGCUGUAGGUUCGAGUGAGUUCACCGGAUGUCUGCAGAUGGAAGUUCCUGAAACAACCUGACUGUUCGUGUCGUGUAGGUGGGGAGGAACUUCCAGCAGGUCCUGAGCCCCGGACCUCCCAAACUAGUCAUUGUUUUCUAGAAGUAUUCAGUGUGGUUUGUUUAUCGUCCUGGGUGAAUCAAAAGACAGCUGGAGCUUCACUUUUACCAAUCCAAUCAGUGUAAAGCAGUGACGACUCCAGGAAGGAUUCUUGAAAGGAGUUCAGAGCAGGCGCAUCCUGUUAUUGUUCAGUACAUGCACAUCGAGUCAGUUCAGAAAGUUGUUUGUGAUGUUCACGCCUUAAAUCCAUACCCAGUCAGGUCAACAGGGUGGUACAUCUUAUCUUAGCUGCGAGUGAUCGAUUCUGUGUCGUCUUCUGCGACGGUCACACCGGCUUCACUGCACGUACUACUUUGUUUGUUUUGUUUUGUUUUGUUGUUAAGGAAACCAUAUUGAUUUUCAGAAGUAUGUGGCAAUAACAGACAUUUUCACAUCAUGUACUCAAGAGUAUGAGAUGAUAAUUGUAGUUAGAAAUGUCUGUCGUAUUUUCUCGUCCUAAGUUAUGUAAGCUAACAUGUUUCUCAUUUUGUUUUUUUUCCCUAUCAUUCUUUAAAUAUUGGAUUUCGUGUGUGCAGGUGCAUGUGUGUGGAAAAUGCACAUUUUGUUUUUAUUUUUUGGAAUUUAAUAUUUAUUUAAAAAGGGUACAAAAAAAAUUUUGAUCUAUUUUCUGUCAGGAAGGGACUUUUAUUUUGUAAAUCCAUGCAAAUCAUUAAUUUCUAAAUGUGCUAUUUGUAAAUUAGCUUCUUAUUCGUAGCACAUUUUUAGAUUUUUGCUGUGUUUUCUACUCAGUGCAUUUUCCUGCCUUAAGCUGUUGUCCAUGUGCAACCUUUGAAUUGGCGUGUGAUGCCAAAAUUUGAAAAAGAGAAGUCUGUUUUUGUUUUGUUGAUUGAUUUAUCUGUAACUUACUUACAGUUCAGAUUUAAGUUUUUGUCAUGUUGCAGGCAACAUUGCUGUUCUAAGGUUGUACAUGAAGUAUUUUGUAGCCUUUGGGUGCCUCAGUCUCAUCCAAAUGUUUUCAAAUGUUGUAACUGCUGUCUUGUUUCCAUAUAACUUCAAAAUACCAUCUGAGAGGUUUUCAACUGUUGUUACAAGCCACUAGACUCCUUUUAUAGCAGGUGAUGUAACACGUUUCGUCUCCGUGUUGGACUUCAGCUCCCAUCUGCAGCUGAACCGACCAACAAAUGUAAGCGUAUUGUGUUCACUGCCUCCCCCUUCCCAGGACAAAUGCAGCAAGUGCCUUGCUGAGGUAAAGCAGUAAGUCCCUGAACAUAUUCAGAUCAGGAUAUCUUAAUGUGUGGCGUCCUGAUUUUCCGCUGGUUGUUUGUAGAAUCUGUUUGAUUUUUGUUUGAAAAAGUUUGCACCUUCAGUACUCAAAUCUUUUGCAAUUGUAAGAUUCAAAGCACGCAUAAGGACACAAGUGGGAUUUUUCUGAAACAAUGGGCUAUAUUGAACUUAUCAUGAAAUGACAUUUGAUCCUAGAUUUAUAACACUAUAAAAUGCACAUUUUGAAAGGCAAAUUUCUUUCUGUUGAAGUCGCCUUUGAGUACAAAAUAAAAUAAUCCAGAUCUACUGACAAAUCUUUAAAAAAUGAUGUGGUUUAACAGAAGUGAACGGAGUGCAGCCCUGACUAAGUUGCUGUUCUCAGUGCUGGCUUAUCGAGAAACUUAACAAUCUUCUUGGUUUUUUUCUUCCUUCAUUCUGGUUAAAGUUUGUACUUGUGAUUUACUUAUGGAUCCCAAAAUGCCCUUUUGUAUCAAAAUGUCUUUUGACAAAAAUAAAAAUAACUAUUUUCAUUUGAA